GUCUCAUAUGAUAGGCGUUAACCCUAGAAAUGCAAGAUGUACUCCCAAGAUUCUUACUUUUGAGUUGUUUCUAGCACGGUGAGAAAUCCAAUUUGAAGAAUCUACCUUCCUCAUCAGUUCAAUAUGUUGCAAGAGAGUUUGACUUCAGUACUAAAGCAUAUCAGCUAAAAACAACAGUGUCUUCCUAGCUAGAGAAAAGUGUUUUGCUUCAUAUAUACCAGGGAAAAACAGAUCAGGCUGGGUCUCAAACUUUUUAACUUACACCACGGCAAUGUUAACUCUACUUCUUGUUUUGUUGAUCCAUCAGACUUGUCUCAACUUAGUGGAAGCAAAGAAUUUCUCUUUUUCAUCAUUUGAUUCUGCAAGUUGUGAGAGCGGAGGCAAUUUAAUUUGUUGGGGAUCAGUAAAAGCAGCCAAUGGGAGCCUAAGCAUCACGUCGGACCAGCCAAAAGAGACUAGUGAGGUAGGAAGAGUCUUGUUCCGCUAUCCUAUGCCGGUGUGGCCAGCAUCUUUCUCUACCUCGUUCACUAUAAGAAUUACAUCUAAUUCAACAGUAUCCGGUGAUGGAAUGGCUUUCAUCAUCGCACAGGACAAUAAGCCUUCACCACCAGAAAGUUAUGGUUCAUUCAUUGGUAUCAUGGAUCCUUCAACUGAAGGUGGUCUUCUUAAACAACUUGCAGUGGAGCUAGACACAUACAAGAACCCGCGUGAAAUAGAUAACAACCAUAUAGCAAUCGACAGUACCAGUGUAGAUUAUCCAGUUGCAGUAAGAAGCCUCAGUGAUAUCGGGAUUAAUCUCAAGAGCGGGAGAAAUAUCAAGGUUAAAAUUGAGUAUGAUGGGCGGGGAAAGAUUCUUCAUAUUUACGUUGCAUAUGCGGGUGAAUGUAUGGUGGAUUUCUUGAGCCAUAGGAUAAUCAUGCAAGAUACAGUUCCUCAGCAAGCUUAUGUGGGCUUCACUGGUUCAACUGGCCAUUUCUGGGAGGUGCAUCAGGUUCUUGAUUGGAAUUUCACUCUGUAUGAACUGCCAAAAGAAUCUCUAAGUCAAGGGGUUAAUCGAAACCACUCUAGGAUGGUGUUACAGGUGGUUGUUCCCACUGUGGUGGUUUCGUUGGUUGUGGUUUUGCUUCUUUUGGCUGUAGCUCAUAGGAGACGAAAGGUGAGGCUUGAGGGGAGAUAUGACAUUGAAAUGCUGACAAAAUCCGCAGCCAAUGCUCCUAAGCUUUUCACUUAUAAGCAGCUUUCAAGGGCCACUCGUAACUUCAGUAAGGAAAAUCUGCUUGGAACUGGAGGCUUUGGAAGUGUUUAUAAAGGAGUUCUGUCUAACUCUGAUUUCCCUACUACUAUAGCUGUCAAAAGGAUUAAUGCAACUUCAACCCAAGGUGAAAAAGAAUACUUAGCUGAAAUAUGCACAAUCGGACGCCUGAGGCACAAGAACUUGGUGCAGCUGCAAGGCUGGUGCCAUGACAGAGAGCAACUACUACUUGUCUAUGAAUACAUGCCGAACGGAAGCCUAGACCAAUACAUAGGAAAGAACUUCCUAGAUUGGAAAAGCAGGUACAAAAUCCUAUCAGGAUUAGCAUCCGUGCUACUUUACCUGCAUGAAGAAUGUGACAAUCCGGUUGUACACCGUGAUGUGAAGCCGAACAACGUUAUGUUGGAUUCCGACUACAAUGCUCAUCUAGGUGACUUUGGGCUAGCAAGACUGCUCCAAAACAAUGCCUUUGUCACCACAAUGGUGGCCGGAACCAUAGGAUAUCUGGCUCCUGAAGUUAGUUUUACGGGAAGAGCGACCCCAGAGUCAGAUGUGUAUAGCUUUGGAAUGGUGGUGCUUGAAGUGGUGUGUGGGAGAAGAUCAAAGGGUUUGAUGGAAGAAUUUAGUCUGGUGGACUGCGUUUGGAAUUCAUACGAGAAGGGGUCGUUGCUGUCAUGCGUGGAUCACAAGUUAAGAGGCGAGUUUGAUGAGGAACAAGUAAAGAGAAGUUUGAUUGUAGGAAUAGCAUGUCUUCAUCCAGAUCAGAUGCUCCGGCCAAGAAUGCGAAAAGUGGUUCAAAUAUUCCUGAACCCUGAUGAGCCAUUGAUGAAGUUGCCAGAAUCUCGGCCUAUGGAACUGUGUUUAUCGUUGCCAUCUUCUUCCCCCACAAAUACUACAACUGAGUUGGAUGCAUGAGGAGGACAGGUGCACCUUGUUCUAUAUCAAUACAAUAUGAAGGAUGUGAAUUCUCAGGGGUUUCGGUAUUAUGUAUAUAUAUGCUCUGUUAUUCUAUUGCUUGUAUGGUAUGGUUCAAACAAACUAAUGAUGAUAACACCAGAUAUUGAUAUCUUUUAAGUUGAGGGGUUGGGGGGGGGGACAGUUAAUCUCAAAUGCAGCGUUGGUGUUGGAAGUUGGGAGCCAUCAAAAUCAAGGGACUGUUGCGUACAAAUUACAAUUUUAAAAACAUUUAAAACUUAUAAUUAAUAUUUGUUAACUUUAAUUAUGCUCAUUCACCAAUACCAUAUAUAUAUAUAUAUAUACUCGUUGACACACUCAAUAUAUAUACUGGUGCUGU